GGUUCUACGACAGAACAUCACUAAACUUUAGUCUGUAAGCAAAGAAGAAAAUCUCUUCGUACUGAAAAUGGACAAUCAGGAGCCCGAGAUCGAGAAAGCCCCCCAAGAGGAGGAGGCUCCUGAUCGCGAACCAGAGCAGAAGAAGCUCAAGAUCUCCCCCGCAGGCGACGAAGAACCAGCUUCGUCAGCCGCCGUAUCCGCCGCAAACGGCGGCGCCGAGCGAAGACCGCCGAAAUACAAACGCCGUAAAGUCGCCAUCGCGUUCGCGUUCUGCGGGGUAGGGUACCAGGGGAUGCAAAAGAACCCCGGCGCGAAAACCAUCGAAGGCGAGCUCGAGGAGGCUCUGUUCCACGCCGGCGCCGUACCCGAAGCCGAUCGGAACAAGCCGAGACAGUACGAGUGGGCUCGGUCGGCUCGAACCGAUAAAGGAGUGAGCGCGGUGGGGCAGGUCGUCUCGGGACGAUUCUACGUCGACCCGCCCGGGUUCGUGGAGCGGCUGAACUCGAAUCUCCCCGAUCAGAUUCGCGUGUUCGGGUUCAAGCGCGUGGCGCCGUCGUUUAGCGCGAAGAAGUUCUGCGAUCGGAGGAGGUAUGUGUAUCUGAUCCCUGUUUUCGCGCUUGAUCCGUGCUCGCAUAGCGAGGCUGAGAUGGCUAGGUCGGAUUCAGGGUACGAGUAUGUGAAGUGUGUUGAGUGUUGCGAGAAAGGGUAUAAGAUCCCACUUGGUGUCUUGGGGAAAGAAAGUGUCGAUGUUGAUGAUGCAAAAUCAUCAGAGGUUCAGUCAGACAUUUCGUCGAACACCUGUGGUGCAUUAAAGGUUGAGACUUUGAACCCAGAGUCUAAGAGUGAAAGCAAGUUUUUUUGUUAUGGAGAGGAGGAGAAGGAGAGGUUGAACAGAAUCCUAAGCUGUUACGUUGGUUCACAUAACUUCCACAACUUUACCACCAGAACCAAAGCAGCAGACCCGGCUGCGAACCGCUACAUUCUCUCCUUCAAUGCGAACACUGUGAUUACACUCGACGGGAAGGACUUUGUGAAGUGUGAGGUUGUGGGACAGAGCUUCAUGCUUCAUCAGAUAAGGAAAAUGAUUGGACUUGCUGUUGCUGUCAUGAGGAACUAUGCGCCUGAAUCGGUGAUCCAAACCGCUUUCAAGAAGGAUGUGAGGAUAGUUGUACCGAUGGCGCCAGAAGUUGGACUAUACCUUGAUGAAUGCUUCUUCACGUCUUAUAACAAAAGGUUUAAAGUCACUCAUGAGGAAGUGUCAAUGGAAGAAUACAAGGAAGUAGCUGAAGAAUUCAAGUGGAAGCAUGUUUACUCUCAUAUUGGCUCAUCGGAAGAAAAAGAUGGGAUUGUGGCGAUUUGGUUGCAUUCACUGAACGAAAGAAACUAUCCAGACCUACGUGUUGCUGAACACAAACCAGAUGAAGUCAUCGUCUAUAAGAAGAUCGAUGCAGCCUCUGAAGAAAAGAUCAGUGAAGAGGAUGUUGCUGUGAAAGAGAACACAAAUGGUGCGGGAGAGCUACUCGUCGACAGUAAGGUAAAUGAUGAAACCUCUGAAGAAAAGAAUAUGGGAGAAGAGAAGGCAACCCAGUGAAGCUGCUUUUGUCUACUGCGGGUCGCUGGAUUCAGGUGGAAGCUUCAGCAGGUCCAUACCGGUCUACUGAGUAUGCCUCAUUUGUUUUAGAUCUUGACAUUGUUUCUGUGACCUUUGAGUCUAUGUUUCUCAUAUGACUAACUUUGGUGGAAACAUGCUUGGCCUUUUUUUUGUC